AGAAAACAUUUUUCAAAUUAGUACUAUGUCUUUCACUUCCGUCAUGAAACAAAUGCGAAGGAACAAUGAUGAACUCUGUACAACUGUUUAAUAUUUUGCUCAUUUGCAAGUUUUUUACUUUUUAAAUCAUGGGAAAUAGAAUUAGUACAACACCUCAACCUAUAAUCAUGACUUCAAGUUUUUUGAAAGAAAAAGUGAUUCAUGAUAUGGUGAAACUUAAUAAUCUAGAUUCUUCUGAACUGAAGAAAUUAGUUGGAGAUGACAAUAUCUGUUGGGAACUGAUUAACUUAUUAGAACUUGAGCAUCAAAACCUUGUGAAUAUUUCUGAUUUAUGGAGAUUUCCAUGGCUGACUAAACUAGAGAUGCAGAGUAAUCUAAUCGAAAAGAUAGAAGGCUUAGAAACUUUGAAGCAUCUGAAAGUUUUGGAUUUGUCUUUCAAUUUUAUCAAGCAUAUUGAAGGUUUAGAAAAGCUUUUCAGUCUUACUCAUUUGAAUUUGACCUCAAACAAGAUUUCUGUCCUGGAAAAUUUGCAGCAGCUUCAUAGAUUGGAAAUGCUUUUAGUCAGACAUAAUAAAAUAAGCUCGUUUAGUAGUGUGUUACAUCUCUCACAGUUGCUGAAUUUAUAUUCAUUUGGAAUAGAAGGAAAUCUUCUGAUGAAUGAAGAUAAUUCACACUUACGAGUCCUUUCCAUCUUGCCACAACUCAAAAUACUGGAUUUUAAAGCUGUUACAAAGAAAAAUCUUGAAGAAGCAUUUGAAAAAUUUCCAAUAGCAAUAAAGAAACAUAAUCUAAGUGAUUUCACUUCUGCUUUGAAUCCUAAAUGUGAAAGCAAGAUUCCGAUACUUUGUGAAGUUAAAGUGUACCCAGAAGUCUAG